UUCAUUUUUUAUUAUCCAUUUUUAAAUCUUACUUUUACUCAAAUGGUGACUUUAUAUUUAAAAUAUUUUAGUUUAGUAUAAGUGAAAUAUAAGAUAUCCGGACUGAAGAAUUUUAUCAAUUAUAUAUAAGUACAGGCUGAGGAUAUUCACUUUCGCCGUGGACUCUUUCUACAUCCAAUGAGGAAUUAUAACGAUAUCUCCACAAAAUUGUGAAGAAUUCCGCACGGUAUUAUCACAUGCGGCAUGUUAUAAACAUCCAGGUCGCUCUUCUUAUAAAGCAUUCUUCAUCUUCCUUUUAAGUGCCCAAAUGCUUGUUCCACAACAAUUUGUGCUUGACUCAAAUAUAAGUUGAAGGAUGUGUCUUCAGGAGUUAACUCGUCCCUUUAAUUUUCCAUAAUCCAGUUGCAAAACGAAUAAGCUGCAUCAUCAAUAAUAUGACAAGGAAGUUUAAAAAGCAUAGCUUCAUUGGGGGUGUUGUAAAUUCCGAGAACUGCUCCUAAGAACUGAUACAUCAUGUGUACAGCCAAGGUUUUAUGCUGCAAUAUUUCUAAAUAAUUGGUCAUCUACAAUAGCUUGCACUGCACUGUAACCCUUUUUGUUACGAAAUUCUGCACAACCGUUUUGUGGAGGUGUAAUUGGCUCAUGAGUGCCGCCUAUAACACCAAUAAUGUUCGGCGGUUUAAAUUUUUGUUCAAAUCUCGAGGCUAUGCGUUCACAUUUUGAUGUGUUUGCUCAGGAUAAAAUUUUGCCGACUUGAUUUUCAAAUGCCUUGCAGUUACACGGUGUUCAGCACAAGAGGAGACUCAGGGUAUCCCUUAAAACCAUAUCUUUUGACACCAUACCGGAACCCUGCAGAUAGCUCUGCAGAACAACAAUUUAAUAAGAAGCAUGUCCUAGGAAGAGAGAUCAUAGAACGAUGUAGUGGCACUUUUAAAAAUCGUUUCAGAUGCUUAAUUGGAGCUAGAGGUCUUCAUUAUACACCAGAAAAAGCAAAAAAAGUAAUACAUGUGUGUGCAGCAUUACACAACAUUUGCAUUAAAUACGAUUUGUCCGAGCCUACACCACCAGAUAUAUAUCAAGAUAACGAUGAUAAUGAGCCGGAAGAUGAUCCAUUGGAAAUUUCGAAUGACGACUCGCCAUUGGGCGCAAAUCCGCAUUUGUUAAGGGACGAAAAUGCACGUUCAAUUAUGCAUUAA